CUUACGACGAGCGCGAAAAUCUGUGACGAGAUCAUUACAUUUUUCCUCUUCAUCAAUUUCGGGCAUCGGUGAAGCUAUUGUACAGUUGUCGGCAUUUUCUUCUCCCGGUUCUGUGAUGGAGAUCCUGGAAUGCUGGGGUCUCUGCGUCAUUUAUAGAACUGCUGACGAGGAGAUACGAGUCUAAAUGUAACGACCAUGAGGGUUGUGCUGAAGACAAUCGGUCUGAAAGAUCGGAUGUGACGAGACGCUAUGAAGUUUUUUUAAUGACGAGCGAUUUAUUUCACUCAGGUUCGACCUCGUGGACCAGAAGACCUAGUAACGCUAUUUUCUUUUUCUGUGCCUCGAUCUAAAAAAACGAGAAAGCUUAAGUCGGCGAGGGGCGUCAUCGUAAAAAAAGGAAAAAAUUGACACAUGAAAAGGUAGCUUAUUCUGGACGAGGAUGGGAGAGGACGAGGAACGUUGCAUUCCGUUCUAGAACUAAAAACGGAGUCGACCUUUAGGUUUAAUCAAAACUACUCUAUAACUCUAUCUACCUGUCGUACUGUCGUAGCAGCUACAACUACAGAUAUUAAAAACUACUGUAACUUGUUUUACAACUACUUCUAGUAGAGGAUUACAAGAGACUAGUAGUUUUCAAGUUUUUAAAGGAAGAUGUUCUGUUGUGCUUCAGGAGAUAAUAAACGUUCGAAGAACGGCAGCAACGGGUGUCCUAGUCCUAAGAAGAAUAUUGCUGAAGGUGUAUGCAGCAAAGACGUUCAGCUUGGCUUUACAAGCGAGCUCCUGCAACAGGACCUGUAUAAGUCUAAGCUCUGUCCCGACUCUUUAACUUUUAUCUGUCGAGGAACUACUAACUUCAAGUAUAACUGUUCCGUCAAAUCUAACGCCGCAAAGAAAAUGGCACUCUCGUGGGCUCUGAUGAAAGACGUCAUGCCCGAAGCGGGCAAGGACGGUGGCGGUUCCGAACUCGGACCCAAAAGGACCUAUUCCAGCUGCUGCGUGGCGGAAUACGUCUGGCUGGAUGCGGCUGGUGUGCCUCGCUCCAAGACCAAGACCCUGUCCAAGAUGCCGACCUGCGUACUUGUUAUUGAGUCUUCGUAAAUAGAUACAAAUAUGACAAACUUGCGAAGACGAAGAACUUUCGACUUUAGAAAAUUUAGAUUUUUUAGAAAUGAAAGAAGCGUUUGAAUCACCUGAAUUUUCACUUCCAUUGUUCCUGCAUACAGAAUUGUAAAGAUCACGACCACGAAACACAGGCCGACGACCUUCCAAUCUGGAACUUUGAUGGUUCUUCUACUGAGCAAGCGCCGGGUUCUGAUUCCGAAAUUCUGCUGAUCCCCCGUGCCAUUUUUAAGGACCCCUUCCGUGCUGGCAGCAACGUCCUUGUCAUGUCUGAGUGCGUCACCCCGGAUAUGAAGCCGGCUAUUGGUACAUCUAAAUGUAAUGAAAUGUAGUAAUUGCAAGCAUAUAAUUAACCUACCUCUCUCUCCAAAAGCUACCUCUUGAUCUUGUCAGGCAUAUCAAUCAAUCAGCACGAAUUUGUUCAUGAAGUAUAUUCGUUUUCGGCUUUCAAGAACAACAAGGUCGUGGAGAGACGGGAAGCGCAUGGUGGUGAGAAGAAGAAAGGAGAAAAUGAAAAAUUAGAACUUAUUGAUACUCGCUUCGCGAUGAAGUAUAAUACUUAUUCUUAUUAUCCGUUUCUUUAGAAAAUUUAGAUUUGGAAAAUGAAGCUUCGAUUUAGAAAGUAGAACAUCGACGAACGAAACAGCGCUUAGCAAACAAGGAACUUCUACUGCAAUCCCGAUAAACAACUCUUCACCACUGACCUCUUGCCAAGUGAAUGGUUCCGGUAUUUUUGGUAUAGCCUGAGUUUGAUCAUAAGGGAAAACAAGAAGAGAACCCUUAGGAUCAAACUCAGGUUACCAAAUACCAGAACCAUACACCAAGACACAUGAAGCAAUCAACCAGGAAACGCUCGUGCAGAGUGCGCCGCCAUCAUGGAUAAGUAUGCUGACUUGGACCCAUGGUUCGGAAUCGAACAGGAAUACACCUUGCUGAAGCCGUCGACCUAUGGUAGAAAAAGUGUUUUUCUGUGAGUCAGACUCAUCUUUUUAUCGACGUUUGAAAUGAACAUGAAGCUACGCUUGUAAUUGUGAAUACUUCAUCCAGAAGUGAGUCCCAGGAGAGAUUGUUUUGGUCCCAGUCCCACCACACCACCACCAGGUGUCGUCUCCAAGAUGCCCUUGGGUUUCAACGAGGAUGGCAGUGAGCCAGCUCCCCAGGGACCGUACUACUGUGGCGCUGGUACGGGCGUCUCCAUCGGUCGUGCAGUUGCCGAUACCCACUUGGCUUACUGCCUCUAUGCUGGCGUCAAGAUCGCGGGUGUGAACGCCGAAGUGAUGCCGGGUCAGUGGGAGUUCCAAGUCGGACCGUGCAAGGGUAUCGAAAUGGGCGACCACCUGCACAUGGCCCGCUAUAUCAUGAACCGCGUCACAGAAGACCUUGGCGUGCAGGUUACCUACUCCCCGAAGCCGAUGGAAGGUACUACUACAACUACUAAGAUUAUCUCGCUUCUGAAAAAAUGAUGAUUUUAGGACUUUACAAAAUUUAGAUUGAGCAGAUUAUAACUACCGUUACUGUGUUGAUCUAAAAAAAUUCUUUUGUUGAAAAUGAAAUCUUCAAAGAUGUACACGAACACGUGUAGACUGCAGAAUAAAAGGAAACAAGCUCAUGAUGAUCUCCUAGUGCUUAUCCUGUCAUGUCCAUAUACCCAACAAAUUCUAUAGUUCUUUUACAGGUGACUGGAACGGUGCUGGUUGCCACACGAACUUCUCUGUGAAGGGCAUGCGCGCAGAUGGUGGCUAUGACGUGAUCGAGACGGUGUGCAAGGCCUUUGGCGCGGUGGCCAAAGAGCACAUCGCUGAGUACGGAGAGGGCAACGAGAAGCGCCUCACGGGUCAGCACGAGACCUGCUCCAUCAACGAGUUCAAGUACGGUGUCGCCGAUCGUGGUGCCAGUAUCCGUAUCCCGCGUGAGACCUUCCUCAACAAAAAGGGCUACAUGGAGGACCGCCGUCCGGCCGCUAACUGCGACCCGUACAAGGUCACCAAGCGCAUGAUGCAGACCACUGGCGAAUGCCUCAGCAAGCCGCUCGACGCCUAAUCGCGAACGAGGUUUGAGUAUGAUACACGAGGUUUGAGUAUGAUACACGAGGUUUGAGUAUGAUACACGACGUUUGAGUAUGAUACACGAGGUUUGAGUAUGAUACACGAGUUUUGAGUAUGAUGAACGAGGUUUGGGUAGUUCUACUUUAAACUAAAGAGGAAAAGGAGGGAUGGUUGUGGAAGUAGAAAAGGCAGUGACAAGCUCAUUCUAAAGGGGAUGGUUCAGAACUAAGCUCGUUCAGCCAAGAAAGCUGAGGGUUGUGAAUGCUUUUCGGGAGAGGGUGUAGCACUUUUUUUAGGGGCCAUGAAUAAAACUGUAAGGUGCACGUUUUUUGUGGUAAUAUUAGGAGGUUCGUUGGGAGGAGAUAAUUUUUACGAGGGCUCCUCCUUCCCCUUUAGCUCUAGGAGUGUGUGCGUUAGCAAUUAGUGAAUCUAAACGCAGGGACGUGAAAUUACAACAACCUACAAUCCACUCCAUCCAUCAUCAUCAUCGCCAUCAUUAAGAGGGCUUUGAUGUAGAAGAUUGAAGAAAUACAGAGGCAAUUCGAAACGAGAGCAAUUCGAAACAAAUCAGCUUUACUUGUUGCAGGAUUAUACAGUUCUGACUUCAAUGAUGUGCCUGUCCAUCUCAUCUUCUGUCCACCUCAUCUUAAGAACUAGUAGUCCUCAACGGAUUUCAAAUUUUUCAAAUUUUGGACACACUCAGACUUUCUUAUCAAGAGAUGUCCACUCAGACUCACGAAUUUUUUCACAACGAUGAAGCUUUAGAAGUCGAUGUAUUUUCAAUGGGGGGCGGAAUUUGUUUUGCAUGCAGAAGAAAGAGACGCGGAUAAAGAGACCGACUACAAUCGAGGACAGAGAAAUCUGAAUCUGAAAAGAUCAGAUGCACCAACUUCUAGAAAUAGGAUGAAUAAAUCUACAACUAGUUGUACUAGAAUUCUUCCAGCACCACUACAAAUAGGACAAUCAUGACUUUCAUGCCGUCGCACGAAGAAGCGAAUCUUGAUUGAAGGGCCUCUCGGGAGAAUCAGAUUGAUCUGCAACUUGUUGCAUAGUUGUGGUGCAGUACGAUUUUCUUCGUAGGCCUUUCUCGUGUAAAAAAGGGAAGCUUGUUCAUCUAGGACUAGUACAUUUCUGUAUGAUCAAAAUCGAAGGAGGUGUCGAGCUAACCUUGUUGAUUGAACAAAAUGGGCCAGCCUUGAACACAAAAGGUCUUUCAUGCCCGCCAUGAUUUUUCAACUAGUACAUACAAGUAAUAAGAAAUUAUAGGAACAGAUGAUGAUGAUUGAUGAUUUGCAUUGGACCACUACUCCCAGUUCGAUACGUCGUAGUGUGCAGAGGUGUAGAAAUAUUUUUUACAAUGAACAAAUACAUUUUCAUCUCAAUCUAAAAAAAAUGAACUACCGAUAAACCCCCAAAACCACUAGCAUGAUGAAUAUUUUUCAACAAGUGAGAAUUUGGAAUUUUCAUACUUAGAAGUUGUUUGUUUCACUUUCAUCAACAUCAUCCGACAUUAUAUCAAGUCUACUGAAUUACCAUGUGGUGAAUGUUCCCCAUGAUAGUCGUCGAUUAUAGAGGCGGCGAGACUGAAUGAAUAAGAUAGUCCAAGUAAUGCUACAAUGAGAUGAUGAAGAACAUGAUGACGAUGGAGUGAAGUAGACGAGAUAUAAUAAAGAAGGGAGGUGGGAGGUGAACCGUGAGCGCCGGAUGGCUGCGAGUCAGUUUGUUUCACAUUUUACGCGGCGCAGGCUGCCUCGUGGCCAUCCCCACACCGCAGCGUGUGUUGUCAUUGUGACCACACGCGCAUCUUCCUUAAGAACGAAACACACAUAGAAUUGUUGGGCUAGAAAUACUCGAACGGUACUCGUUGGAAAAAAACUGUAAGUCGGGCUACGGAUUAUCUAGGUCAAACAACAUCGUUACAGAAUUGGAACAUCAAUUUCCUACUUCUUCUAUGUUUUAUUCCCAAGGUCAUCGUGGAGAACCAAGUAGACGGUUAUGAUAUCAUGCAGCUGGCCAGCUGCGACCAAAAAAAAAAAAUCACGGGAAGUAUUAAGCCAGAGAAGUCACUCGCUAGUGUGCAUGGUCACGCUGCUCAUAAUCAUAGAGGGAGGAAAUGAUUGCAUGAACAUGUUGGCACAUAGCAACUUUUACAUCACGAUAUUUUUAUUUCAUCGAUCUUUUACUUCUUCAAAAGCUUUUACUUCUUCUAAGAGACUUCAUCACUUGUAAUUGUAAUUGUAACUUGAUCUACGUUUCUCAGCUGAUCCCACCUUUUGAGUGCGAUGGAGGUUGCUACUGAUCAUUAGUGGACGAGUGUAGUUGUCAAAACUUCGAUGAAUCUCCAACGAGGUGGUGCUUUGAUGAAGAGAAGAAAUGUGAAAUAGAUGCCGAAUUUAAUGAUGUUCUUGUACAGGUACAGCCCGACAGCAUUUGGAAAGAAACUGAGGAGAAUUUUUUCUAUUGUUGUCAAUAUUUAUCUUUUGCACAGCUACAAACAAAAGACAGACACUGGUAACACAAGACCCAACCUCCAAGAGCAGGCUUUUUGUUUCGUUCCACAGACUCUCACUCUUAGCGGAAGUUGUUGCUCAUUUUCAUCGUGGGUUGUGGGAGAAUAAACCCAUAAUUGACGAAUAUCCCGUCCGCGUGAACAAAUGGAAUGAUCGGUUAUCUUCAGGAUGAUCCGUGCCCAUACUAUGAUCUGCAGUCUAAAUAAUCUAAAGACAGCU